CGUGGCGCGGCUCCCGGCCGGCCCUGCUACUCGCUACCCCUCCGUGGCCGCUGCCGUCCCCUUCCCGGCGGGGGACAUGGCCAGGGUCUGACCCCGGAGGAGGCCGCACCCUCGCCGCACUCUGCGGCGGGCUCUAGGCGAUGCCGAGCAGCUCGGACACGGCGCUGGGGGGAGGAGGGGGCCUGAGCUGGGCCGAGAAGAAGUUGGAGGAGCGCCGCAAGCGGAGGCGAUUCCUGUCCCCUCAGCAGCCGCCGCUGCUGUUGCCGCUCCUGCAGCCGCAGCUCCUGCAACCGCCGCCGCCCCCGCCGCCUCUGCUCUUCCUGGCUGCCCCCGGCGCGGCCGCCGCCGCAGCCGCCGCCGCCGCGGCCUCCUCCUCCUGCUUCAGCCCGGGCCCCCCUCUGGAGGUCAAGCGGCUGGCGAGAGGCAAGAGGCGCCCCGGAGGGCGGCAGAAGCGGCGCCGCGGGCCCCGCGCCGGGCAGGAGGCGGAGAAGCGCCGGGUCUUCUCGCUGCCCCAGCCGCAGCAGGACGGCGGUGGCGGUGCCAGUAGCGGCGGGGGUGUGACCCCGCUGGUGGAGUAUGAGGAUGUGAGCUCCCAGUCCGAGCAGGGGCUGCUGCUGGGGUGCGCCAGCGCGGCAACGGCGGCGACGGCUGCCGGGGGAACGGGGGGCAACGGCGGGAGUCCGGCCUCCUCCUCCGGCACGCAGCGGCGCGCGGAGGGGUCGGAGCGCAGGCCGCGCCGGGACCGCCGCAGCAGCAGCGGCCGCAGCAAGGAGCGCCACCGCGAGCACCGGCGGCGGGACGGGACGCGCAGCGGCAGCGAGGCCUCAAAGGCCCGCAGCCGGCACGGACACAGCGGCGAGGAACGGACGGAGGCCGCCAAGAGCGGCAGCAGCAGCAGCAGCGGCGGCCGCCGCAAGAGCGCAUCGGCCACGUCUAGCAGCAGCAGCAGCCGCAAGGACAGGGACCUCAAGGCCCACCGCAGCAGGACUAAGUCGUCCAAGGAGCCUCCCUCGGCCUACAAGGAGCCGCCCAAGGCCUACCGGGAGGACAAGAGCGAGCCUAAGGCCUACAGGCGGCGGCAGCGGUCCCUGAGCCCGCUGGGAGGCCGGGACGAAAGCCCGGUGUCCCACAGGGCCUCGCAGAGCCUCCGGAGCCGCAAGUCCCCCAGCCCGGCGGGAGGUGGCAGCAGUCCCUAUUCCCGGCGGCUGCCGCGCUCCCCGAGUCCCUACAGCCGGCGCCGCUCUCCCAGCUACAGCCGCCACAGCUCCUACGAGCGGGGCGGCGACGUGUCCCCCAGUCCGUACAGCAGCAGCAGCUGGCGUCGCUCGCGAAGUCCCUACAGCCCAGUGCUCAGACGGUCUGCCAAAUCCCGAAGCAGAAGCCCAUAUUCAUCUAGGCACUCAAGAUCUCGUAGCAGGCACAGAUUGUCUAGAUCCAGAAGUCGUCAUUCAAGCAUCUCUCCUAGCACACUAACUCUGAAGAGUAGCCUGGCAGCUGAAUUGAACAAGAAUAAAAAGGCACGAGCUGCAGAGGCAGCAAGAGCUGCAGAGGCAGCAAAAGCUGCAGAGGCAGCUAAGGCUGCUGAGGCAGCUGCCAAAGCUGCAAAAGCCUCAAAUGCUUCUACACCUACAAAGGGGAACACAGAAACUGGUGCCAGCGCCUCUCAGACAAACCAUGUGAAGGAUGUGAAGAAACUUAAAACUGAGCGUGGACCUUCUCCUUCAAGUGGUGGGACCUUCAAAAGUGACAAAGCAAAAACAAAGCCACCACUUCAGGUAACAAAGGUGGACAAUAAUUUAAUUGUAGAUAAAGUCACCAAGAAAACUGUUGUUGGUAAGGAGAGUAAAACUGCUGCUACUUCAAAGGAAGAACCAGUAUCUACUAAAGAGAAAACCAAGCCACUCACACCAAGUGUAGGAGCCAAGGAGAAGGAGCAACAUGUGGCUUUAGUGACCUCUACACUACCACCAUUACCUUUGCCUCCCAUGCUGCCUGAAGAUAAAGAUACUGAGAGUUUAAGAGGCAGUAUUUCUGUAAAAGCAGUUAAGAAAGAAGUAGAAAAGAAACUCAGAUGUCUGCUUGCUGAUUUACCAUUGCCCCCUGAGUUACCGGGAGGAGAUGAUCUUUCCAAGAGUCCAGAGGAGAAGAAAACAGCAACACAGUUACACAGCAAAAGAAGACCUAAAAUAUGUGGGCCUCGCUAUGGUGAAAUCAAAGAAAAAGAUAUUGACUGGGGAAAACGCUGCGUGGAUAAAUUUGAUAUCAUCGGAAUUAUUGGAGAAGGUACUUAUGGACAAGUUUACAAAGCCAGGGACAAAGAUACUGGAGAGAUGGUAGCCUUAAAAAAAGUACGUCUGGAUAAUGAAAAGGAGGGAUUCCCAAUUACAGCAAUUAGAGAAAUUAAAAUUCUUCGGCAACUCACCCAUCAGAGUAUCAUCAAUAUGAAGGAAAUAGUGACUGAUAAAGAAGAUGCUUUGGAUUUUAAGAAAGACAAAGGUGCAUUUUACCUGGUGUUUGAAUAUAUGGACCACGAUCUGAUGGGGCUACUGGAGUCAGGCUUGGUUCAUUUUAAUGAAAACCAUAUAAAAUCUUUUAUGAGACAGCUCAUGGAAGGCCUGGAUUAUUGUCAUAAGAAGAACUUUUUGCAUAGAGAUAUUAAAUGUUCAAAUAUCCUUCUAAAUAAUAGAGGACAGAUAAAACUUGCAGAUUUUGGACUUGCUCGUUUGUAUAGCUCAGAAGAAAGUCGUCCCUAUACUAACAAGGUCAUUACUUUGUGGUAUCGUCCACCUGAACUGCUCUUGGGAGAAGAACGAUAUACACCAGCUAUUGAUGUGUGGAGCUGUGGAUGUAUCCUUGGUGAGCUCUUCACUAAAAAGCCUAUAUUUCAAGCAAACCAGGAACUUGCACAGCUAGAGCUAAUAAGCCGUAUAUGUGGGAGUCCAUGUCCUGCAGUGUGGCCUGAUGUAAUCAAACUGCCAUAUUUCAACACCAUGAAACCAAAGAAGCAAUAUCGGCGGAAAUUAAGAGAAGAAUUUGUUUUUAUUCCUGCAGCUGCACUCGACUUAUUUGAUUACAUGCUUGCCUUGGAUCCCAGUAAGCGUUGCACUGCUGAGCAGGCUCUUCAGUGUGAGUUUCUACGAGAUGUGGAACCCUCCAAAAUGCCUCCACCAGAGAGGUUUUUACACGCUGAGGCAAUGCACCAUAGUAAGAUGGCUGAGAGUCUUCCUUUGUGGCAAGAUUGUCAUGAAUUAUGGAGUAAAAAAAGAAGACGACAGAAACAGAUGGGCAUGACUGAUGAUCUUUCCACAAUCAAAGCCCCCAGAAAGGACCUGUCUCUGGGCUUAGAUGACAGCAGAACUAAUACGCCCCAGGGUGUGCUGCCACCUGCACAGUUGAAAUCUCAAAGCAACUCAAAUGUAGCACCUGUAAUAACAGGCCCUGGACAGCCGUUAAACCACAGUGAAUUGGCAAUUCUUCUAAACCUACUACAGUCUAAAUCAAGUGUUAAUAUGGCUGAUUUUGUCCAAGUGUUGAACAUUAAGGUAAACUCUGAGACGCAACAGCAGCUAAAUAAAAUAAACCUUCCUGCUGGAAUUUUGGCAACAGGUGAUAAACAGACAGAUCCAUCAACACCACAGCAGGAGUCUUCAAAGCCAUUGGGAGGAGCUCAGCCUUCACAGACCAUCCAGCCUAAAGUGGAAACUGAUGCUGCCCAGGCUGCUGUGCAGAGUGCAUUUGCAGUUCUUUUGACUCAGUUAAUAAAGGCUCAGCAGUCAAAACAGAAAGAUGCCAUGCUAGAGGAGAGGGAGAAUGGAUCUGGACAUGAAGCUCCUUUACAGCUCAGGCCACCUCCAGAACCCAGCACUCCGGGAUCUGGGCAAGAUGACCUCAUCCAGCACCAAGACAGGAGGAUAUUGGAGUUGACACCAGAACCAGACCGGCCUCGGAUUCUGCCUCCUGAUCAGCGACCUCCUGAGCCUCCUGAACCACCGCCAGUCACUGAGGAUGACCUGGAUUAUCGGACAGAAAACCAGCAUGUCCCUACCACUAGUUCUUCACUAACUGACCCACAUGCUGGAGUAAAGGCAGCCCUCUUACAGCUGCUUGCUCAGCAUCAGCCCCAGGAUGAUCCCAAGAGAGAAGGUGGUAUUGAUUAUCCCACAGGGGACACGUAUGUGCCCACUUCAGACUAUAAGGACAACUUUGCAUCUUCUUUCUCUGCCGCUCCUUAUGUUAGCAGCGAUGGUCUAGGAAGUAGUUCUGCGGCUGCACCAUUGGAACCACGUAGUUUCAUUGGAAACUCAGAUAUUCAGUCUUUGGAUAACUACAGUACUGCUUCAUCUCACACUGGUGGUCCACCUCAAACUUCUGCCUUUUCCAAGUCAUUUCCCAGUUCAGUAGCUGGAUAUGGAGACAUUUACCUCAAUGCUGGUCCCAUGUUGUUUAGUGGAGACAAGGACCAUAGAUUUGAAUAUAGCCAUGGUCCUAUCGCAGUUCUCACAAACAAUAACGACCCUUCCGCAGGGCCAGAGAGUACUCAUCCCUUGCCAGCAAAGAUGCACAACUAUAACUAUGGUGGUAACUUACAGGAAAAUCCAGGUGGCCCUAGCCUCAUGCAUGGACAGACCUGGACUUCUCCUGCUCAAGGACCUGGAUACUCACAAGGAUACAGGGGACACAUUAGCACAUCAGCUGGCAGAGGUCGAGGCAGAGGGUUACCAUACUGAGUAUCUGUUUUUCCUCAGGCACAUCAUUUUUAUCUGGAAAGACUUUUCUAGCUGCAAUUUCAGGCAGCAAUCCAAGAGACUUGAAUAAUAUUAAUUCAACAACAGCUUUAUUUUUAUGUGGAAAAGGGUCUUGCAUACAAUAGUGAAAAAACAAAACAAAAAAACAAAACAAAAAAAAACUUUGCUUAAAUUCAUGCUGUUCUUAAAACUAGCUCUAUUGAUUGUACAUCGUCACAGAUUUUAGUUAACAAUUUUAUUUUGUAUUCUUGCAGUUUUAAGUGGAUGCUAACAUUAGGGACAUAAUGUUUUAUGGCCCUGUUGCAGAUCUUCUGAACUAUGCACACUUGUGCUUUUUUUGUAAGUUUGGACCAACUUUUAUGUAACAACCAACCCCUUCCCUCACCCUCCGUUUUACAACAAUCAGAAAGGGCACUGAUUUAUUUGGUAUUUUCUUUUUACAAAGCUACCUUUAGUCAAAGGUCACUGUCAGUCUUUGCACCUGCUUUCAGUGUUAUUGUGAAAGGUGUACUUUGUGCUCAUUUCAGAAAAUAAAACACAACCUUUCUCUUGAUGCAACAGUUUUAUAUAAAAAAAAUGGUCAACAUUAUUUUUGUUUUGUUUUUCAGCUUACCAUUACCCAGCGAAAUUCACUCAAAUGAAAUAGUGGUUUUUAUAUGACAACUGUGGGUAGGGUGGGGAGGGGUUGAGUAAGUGCCUUAACAGGUAAGCGCAAGGACUGAGGGUGAAGUUAGUCUGCUGUGUGUUGAGGCAGGAAGCUCUCAGUUUCUAGGAGUUGCCUGGUCAGGUCUGUAGGUCCAUUCCCUCUGCCUGUCACACUAUCCUUUUCUGCCUGUCUUUUGGCUGUGUUAAUUUUCACUGUUACCUUCUCUUGUUAGGGGUGUAAGAGGAAAGAAAGGGAGAACUGAGUUCCUUUUGUUACUUCUGGGAAGUACUAAAAAACAUUUUUUUAAAAUCAUUUAAGUGUUUGAAAAUAAUAGCUGAAUGAGAAUUUUAGAGUGAUCUUUUCUUUCUGACUGCCAUACUGACCCAGUUUCUAUUUGGAGGACAGGAUUUUGAAGCAAGUAUGUGUAACAAUAAUAAUAAAUGUAUUAAAGUUCACAGAAAGAGGGUGGUAAACAUGGUAUUUUUAAGUUAUGUACUUAUUUUAAGAAAAAGUCAACUUAAGUAGAAAUAUGUUCUAGAUUUAAUUUAGUAACUUGAGAGAAAAACCUUCCCUCUUCCUUUCAAUUUUGUGAAAUUUACUGUAAUUUCUUUCAGAUUAGAGCAGUGCUAUUAGGUUAUUUUAGUAUUUUUUCUUCUAUUGAAAUCAACCAAGAAAGAAUAACUGUAAUGUUGUCAAGUCUUACUGUUUUAAUGUUCACACAAAAACAAAGUUACAUUUCUGGAAAGGAACCAAAGGUAAAUAACCAGCAUCUCCUUCCUCACCAAGAGAUAACAGACUCUGGGAAACUGAGUGUGCCAACUGAAAAUUUCAACUGUUCUAGUACAUUUUUAAUUGGAAUCUUAAAUAGGAAGAAUUGUUAUGAAAAGCCAGUUUAACCUCAUUCCCUUUAUCUGAUUUGUGACCCUGCAUUUAAAAACAUGAUUCAGGAAACGCUGUUUGGUAACAGUAAGAUAUUUUAAAGAAAGAUAAUCUUCCACUUUACGCCUAUUAAAUGAGUUUUCAGCUGACCAUUUUAUUUUUUGAUGGUAUUUUUGUUGUUGAAAGAAAAAAAUAUUUUGCUUUCAUUUGAAUAUUGAGUACGUAACAACUACAGAAAACAUUAGAGGAAGUGAAGAAAUGUUUUGAAAUUUAGCAAAAUAGUAUUCAAGUCUCUGAAAUUUUAGUAUGGUGAGUCAUAGAGUUCAGACUUUCCUAUAAGUGACAGUAUCUAAAUUAUUCUUAUUCGUCACACUUGCUACGUCUGCUCGCCAUAAGCAGCUAACCUAAAAUUGAAACUAUUUAUGUGACAUGAAUAGCCUGUGUUUUAAAGAUUAAAUAUUUUAUAUAAAAUUGA